AUAGACCAGAACACGCUAGCCUCGCACCCAGGCUAAUCGAACGCAUACUCUCGCACCCGGAUUGCCCGGUCGACCAGCGCCAUUUUGUUCUGGGCUGCCAAAGCGUGUUCGCCGGCGACCAGCAGACAUGGCUAGCGCUAGCUCUAGGACUCCAAAGUGCGGAAAUGUGCCCGUUCGCGCGAAUCCAAAGUACAAGAAGUCAUCUGGGCAUCGUUGCGUCGUGUUUGGAUGCCAAAAUAACCAGCUGAAAAGGAGCAGGUUGCUUAGCGCUGUUUGCGAAGAGCACAAUACACGUAGGGAAUCGUGCCGGUGCGGUGUUUUCAGCCUGCACCGAUUUCCAUCCGCAACGAAGAAUGACAAGCUGCGCCACCGGUGGAUAGCUGCACUGAAUAGGAAGAACUACCAACCCAGUGAAAAUGCACGAGUUUGCUCCGAGCACUUUCUGGACAAGCCCACAGAGCAGAAUCCCGCGCCGGUGCUUCGCCUUGGCUAUAACAAGAAGGUGGUGAAGGGCAGGCGUCUGCUAAUCAGGCCGUCAAACGACCUCGCCAGUUGGUUGCCAAACGCGGCCAACCCAGUAGUGACCAUGACAAACAAGACCAAGCUGAAAGUGCAGAGGACAAUGUUGUGCGUGCUUUAAUAAAAUGUGGCACCAACAGAGUGCUGUAAAAUCCUCCACAGGUUACGUGGUUACCCGAUGUAUUCGCUUUUGCAGUCUGCACAUCACUCAGUGUGGCCAUUGCGGACUUGCAUGAGGUCUUGAAGUUUGAUUGAAUCGAGACAGCGAAAAUGACAGGCUAGAAAAAACGCGAAACACGCCUUCCGCCCAGCUAAAAAGCCCAAGUUUCGCCUUCGCGCCGGGUCGCAUCUUCCGGCGUGGCAGCCCAGGCCUGCUAUUUCGCGGCGCUUGGGAUAGAUGGCGCGACCGGCGCUCAUCAAUAUGGCGGCGCGCUUUGAAUUCACGGUGUUCUGGUGUAUACGUUUUACACAGCAACUAAACUGGCGGGAGCACGAUCGAGGCGCAGCAGCCAGAAACCCAGUAAAGCUAGUAAAGCCACAGAACACCUGGUAAAGCGUGUGCAAAACCCCGUUUCCGUUUCCUGUUGUACAGCGCCACUGUGGUCGCAUACUUUAGUUCACGACGCCACCGCUAUGCUUAUUUCCGUAGCACUGUGGAAGGUACAGUUUCCCUUCUCUAAGUUUGUAUAGGUGUU